CAUGGCCUCGCCCACCGCGUCCAUCGUCUUGCUCGACGAGAUGGACGACGCGUACUACGCGUCGAUCUGGCGGGCGCCGUCGACGCAAACCACGUGGUACAAGCGGGUCUACUUCGGCCUCUCGGGCCUUCUCCUCGCGACCGGCCUCGGUAUCGGGAUCGCGUACGUCUGCAGUGUGGCGACGUCGAUCGACGACCUCUACGCCGACGUUUUACAUCUUGCACCGAGCAGAGACGUGUACGAAGCGGUGUUCCGCCGCCAGUCGGACGCCAUUGCGUCCCGGAUCGCGAUCGUGCAGUGGCUGCACCUCCCCGGCGCGCUCUUCCUUCGCGCGCUCACGUGUCUGCUCAUCCCCACCAUCUUCCUCAACGUCAUCGUCGGGUUUGCCGACGUGGUGUCGGGCGGCGUCGGCACGCGGCUCACGCUGCUCACGAUCACUUGCUUUCUCGCAACGACAUGCCUCGCUGCGCUCUCGGGCUACGUGACCGCAACCUACCUUCUCCCUUCGUGCUUUUGGACGCUACAUCACAAUGCGACGGCCCUCCCAGACGUGUUGAGCGUCGUGGAGCUCGCGUGUCCGACCACGCCAGCAGCCACGCUGCGCUUUGUGGACGGCGUCCUCCGCUGCGACACGAGAAGCCGCAUCGAGGAUGGCACAACGUACUUUGCAGUCGGCGACAAGAAACUGCAGUCGCGCAUGAAGAUGGCAACGGACGACUCGGGCGCGUCGAUGCUCGCGCUCAUGCUCGAUGCCGUCAUGCCCAAGAAGCUCCUCGACAUCUUUGACGAAGGUGCCAACGUGAGCUUGAUCAUCUGCGCCCUCUUCCUCGGCGGUGCGCUCGCCAAUGUGCCAAGAUCCAAGCUGGUCUGGGGCCUCGUCCGCGAACUCAACAGCGCCAGCGUCACGAUGGUGCACUGGGUCACCCGCUGCGUGCCGCUUGCACUUGUGUUUCUUGUCGGCGCCGCGCUCAUCGUGCCCGACGACCCGACGCCAGCGCCGUGGAAGGCAUUGCAUCCCACCGACGCUAUUGCCUUUGACCACGCGCCGGCAUUCCUCCUGCCUCGGCACAUUAAACACUCGAGCAUUUUUGAGACAUUGGCGCACGAAGGCGCCGCGCUGACGAGGCUCUUCGGCGCCCUCCUCGUCGCUUCCGUCCUUCACGUGACGCUGCUGACCGCGGUGACGGCACUCGUGACGCGCUCCAACCCGAUACCAAAUUUUCUCAUGCGCCUUGGCGUCCCCAUUGCUUUUGGUCUCUUCUCCGCCUCGUCGCUCGCUGCCCUUCCGCUUGCCGUCGAGUACGUUGACAAGACUCUGCGUGUGUCGCGCCCCGUCGCGCGGCUCGUGCUGCCCGCGGGCACGGCCGUCCACCUCGACGGCGCGGUGCUUUACUUGGUCGUGAGUCUCUUCUUCCUGCUUACGAACGAGCCGGCGUCGAGUGCUGUCGACCACAGCGCGCUUCUCGUCGUCCUCCUCGGUGGCCUCGGCGGCUCGCUGUGCACGCCGGUGCCACACAGCGGCCUGCUGGUGCUUUUGUUUUUGUGGCAGUGCCUCCUGCCUGACGGAACAUCGACCGUCGUACCCGCUGCGAUGCACUGGAUCAUUGCAUUGGAUGUGAUCUUGGAUCGCGUUGCUACCGCGGUCAGUGUCACCUCGCGUCUCCUCGUCGCCUACGUCGUCGAAGCGUGGCUCGCGACGCCAUCACCUUGAGCGGUGCUAGUAUCAAUAUAUCAAUACAGACUUAUUUAACGCCUCGUC